UUCGUAUGAGAUGUAUUUUUCGUGUGUUGCUUAAUUUACGAGAUAUCAGCCUGAGGCGAUUAAAAACAAUCACCCUGUAUACUACUUCCAAUCUCCAUGGAAAUAGUCUUCGGUUAUUUUACUUCGAAAUUCGCUAAAGAAAUAUCUGAAUGACAGAGUUACGUGCCGAUAACAGCGUAAUAUCGAAUAUUCGGGUGCGUUGUCACGUUAGCGAUUUUUCAACGCGUCGAGUUUUCCUUUACUACGAUUCUCACUGUAUAUUUUAAUUCAUUAUUUUAUGAGAUCUUACGGUAAUUGAAUCAUUCGUCGAGUUAACGUUCAAUACCAAGUACCAAAGAAACAGGACAGUCGUAUUUAACAAGAGGAAUCCUGCAUCGAGCAGGAUAGCCAGGCUUAGCCAGAUAAAUCGUUUGAUAUCCUGCUGGUCCAUAUGUUCGUCGUCCCGUACAAUUUGCGUGGUCCUGGGAGGCUGACUAUUCAUCUGAUCCGGAAAUGAGUCGAGUGACUGACUCCGAUGUCCUGUCAGAUGGCUUAACAUGUCACCGUGUGACUGCUGUCUCUUUCAUGUCCUUUGGAUAACUCUGCAGAUGCUGGUCGCAUUGGCUGGACCGUAUCCCGUUGAAGCCAUGGCUCGCUUUACACCUUACGUAUCGGAGUUCACGUACGCUCCAGAUUAUCAUCCCUCGCGAAAUCCCAAAUGUCCUACAAGAUGGAGCCAUGACGUGGACAAGGACGAGGGUGAUCCACGUGCCAACGGAUCUUGGAAUCAUCGUCGUUCACCCGAGGAAGGACUUCCGGUCGGACAGGAGCCGUCCAUCGAGAUCAGAGCAGUUCUUGUUCGCUGUCCAAGAUCACACGAAGAGACGUACAUGUCAUUUCCGUUGGUUUCAAUGAGUUGCGUGAUAAAGUAUAUAAUUUCUUUUACUCUUAGAAUUGAUGUUCCUAUGCAUGGAAACAAUUACAAUAUCACGGCUGGACGUAGUCAAGAUAUUCUUGAAUUUCAUGGAUUCGAUAGAGACGAGCCAGCUCAUCACUCUGAAGUUCGUGACUGUCGACGGAAACUCAUUGUCACUAUGAAGUUUAAUAAUAUUGGGAAGACUAAAACGCAGGAAGAGUUUGUCGUGAUUGAUCACGUACUGGAUCCUGUGACUAUGCACAAGGCACGUUUGUUGAAUCCUUUUGUGGUCAAAGUCAGGCAGGAACCCGUACUGCAGCUUUACGGUUUAAAAUUUCAAAGUGUGGUCAAUGGCGAAGCCAAGGAAGAGGUGAUAAAUAAGAAACAAGCAAAUUACACAGGAUGUGAAAACGGACUGAAAGAACCAACCUGUGGCCAGAUGUUAUUUCACGGCAAUCCCAUUCCAUACAGUCAGGGCUUUUGUUGUUCCUGCGAUCCGGAAGUGAACGCCGAGCGACAGCCAUCCCCAAAAUUGAAUCAUUCACCUGAAAAAUCAUUUUCGAGCAUGAGGCCACCCUGUAAUAAAGUGCGGUCAAAAGGUGAUCGUAAUAUAAACGCGCGAAGCGUAUUCGACAAUAUAAUCGAAGAUGAAAAGUCGUUAAGAGGAUCGGAGGAACAAAGAUUAGAAGAUAGCUUAUCGUCAGCAGAAAGUAUUUCAAAGGACGCUGACAGAUAUAUAAGUAAAUAUAUUGGAAGUCAAAGUCGUAAAGGCAGAGCUGAAAAAGACAUCGUGGACAAGAUCUACGGAAAAACCGAAUCAGUGAAAACCGAAAGCACUCCAAUUCUUGAGAAAGAUCGAGUAAAGUUCAAGGACGUGGUAGGCCCGACAUUGAGUGUGCGAUCCUUCUCGAAGGACUUCCAAGACGAAGAUCCUCAUCGAGAUGACAGAGUAGCCAGAGAUAAGGGUAGUUCUGAAUACUCGAACGAAGUUAUAUCACCGAUCUUACAAAGUGCUCUGAUCGGCAAUUUCGGGACGAAGGGUAAAAUGGAGCCGUACAUGGAUGCAGUGUCCAGACAAGCAUUACGCGAGAGAUCGGUAUAUUCAAAAUGGCGAAACAAGAAGAAAAGCAUCAGUCCAGAUGGAACAGAGAGUAAGGACAUAGAUCGGGAUAUCAUUGGGGAGUUUAAAAAAUCAGACAAAGACUCCUUCCUGAAUCAUAUACCAAUCACGGAGGAGGUGAUGUACAAGGAGCCUUUGAUCAGUUCGAAAAACGUUAACGUAACCUCGGAGUUACUGAAGCUUGAAGAGGAGUACGAAGCUUUCAAAAAGAUGAGCAGAAGAAAAGCUGGUCCAGAAGAUGAAGAUGGAGGAUACGGGCUUCGUUCGAUAUCGGAAAAUGAUGGAAAAUCUUCGGCCGAGGUAACGAAUAACGUUGAAAGAUAUUUGAAGGUAAAGAAACAGCCGUUCGUAGAGGAGCACUUUAUGAGAGUGACUCGAUACGACGGCCCAACGAGUGAUUCUAAAGGCGGGAAAUUUGAAAAUUCUAACAGUUCGUUAUCGCCUCCUGAGAUAGAUGCGCAUGGGCAAUUUGAUGUUGUAUCGGGGGACAAAGUUCCUGGUGUAUCUUACAGAUUGGGAAGCGAUGAGAUUUCUGACAGGACCGCAUCCAAAGAUUCUGAAAGGAUUUCUUUGGGAUCUCGCGUGCUCCGGAAUUCCCAAAGACAACAAGACGCUUCGAGUAGCUCUUUGAGUAUCCCGUCGAAGGUUCCUUCGACGAGAAUCAAAGGUCCCAUCUCUGGUAGAAAUUCCUACCGUAUCGGAUCCAACAUUGGAAGAACGACUACGCAACUGUAUUCUUCGACUAUGGACAGAUCAGCCAAGUCUGAGGAAAUCGAAUCCAGCACUCGACUUUCUGAAAUCACAAUUGACGUACCGGCGAAGGCCACUUUCAGAGCUCUGGGAUCUCCCGCAGUCCAGGGCGUGAAACUGAAUUCUUUGAAUUCAACAGUCAAACCUUCGUCGACGUUCCUUAGGCAAUCCACGACCGAGCGAAAUGCGAAUCUGGAAACACCAUUAAUUUUGAGGCAGGAGCUUGUCAAUGACACGGUAUACCCUGUGUCGAUAAACAACGUAACCCAGAUGAAUGGAACUGACAGUUUUCAAAGAGUCAACAAAUCCAACAAGGUAACAGAUAAGAAAUUGCAUGAGGACGUGAUGGGUGUGCUUGCGAGGAUCAUAGAGUCUGAUGAUGGAAAUAAAAAAUCCAAUGACUCUUCUAAUUACGAAUCGUCGGAAAAUAUUGAUUACAAAGUUGGAAAGAGUGAUGAAGAAAUUAGCAAAAGCUUCUUGGGCGAUCAGGAUGGAUCGAUUGAAAAUUUACUAAAAAGGGCGUUAAACGAGAGAGAAUCCUUGGAAGAGGAAAAAUCUGAAAAUGAAGGUACGGUACCGCAGAGACCGAAUGAAGUAAGGAAUUAUUGGAAGGAAUACCAGGGCGGGAAAUUCGAAUUAUUUGAACCCGUUUACUCCACGAGUGCAGCGCUUUCGAAAUUCGUGCCGUCGAGUGGCGAAAGGAUCGAGAACGAGGAAUCCAUAGCUCCGAAGAACGUGUCUAAAGUUAGUUGGAAGGAUCAGAGAGUUAUGAAGGAUCCGUUGCUUGCGAGACUUAAUUACUCAAGUUUAAUAACCGCAAGGACAAAUAGACAUUUUGAAGAAUCCAAUCAAAAAGACUCUUCGAAUUCAUCGACUGAAGAGCUCGGCGAGUGCAGUGAGAAAAGUUUAGCGAAAUCUUCAGAAAGUCUUAAGAAUAUUUCGCGCGACAUCACCCAUAACGAAAGUCCCUCGGGAGUCACCAGAAAUUUUCAAGUUUCCAGCAAACAGCUUGAAAGCGUCGACCAAGCGGAUGUACAUCCAAUACGAAUAUUAGAACCAGUCAAAACGGAAGUCGAGUUCACUGAUCGAAUUACCCAAAUUGAAAACCACGGGCAAAGUGCACUCGGUCGAUUGGUAUAUUCAGGGACAACCCCGGGACUCGUCUCGGGACCGGCGGAAACGGUUCGUUUGAGCGUGGAAGGUCAUUCGAAGGCUCCCACCGUGGAGAAGUUAUCUUGUAAGGAGCAAAGAGAUAAGACCAAAGUGAAUUCGAGGGGGGAGAGCAGGAGGAAACGUUACAGGGACACUUUAGUAGAGACUAACUUGGAAAGUUACGUUGAUCUUGGGACUCUGGAGGAUUGGCCAGAAGGACCAAGAAAAAGGUCUCUGUGGUCUGAGAAAGCGAAAAGUCAUGAAAGUCGUAGCUACGCCGAUGACCUCAGAGAUCCGGACGUGGAAAGCGUCGCUAUUGAUAAAGGAUAUGCGGUGCCAGGUAAAACGAGCGAUAGGGACUCUGAAGAAUCCUUUACUGUUUUAUCGGGUGGUUUCGAUUUGGUAAAAGGUAAUCUUCGCUACGAGGACCAAUCGGCCACUGUUAUAAACGAACAUCGCCUUGAAGCGCCGAGCAUGCUUACUGAGCAGGAUUACAUUUUCCUGGAUGAAAAUGGAAGAGAACACGCCGCGACUGAACCGAGAUUGGAGGAGCAGCAGGAUGGCAUUCGUGAACAGGCACUUCGAAAACAUCUUAAAGGAUCUGUAGAGAAAAUGGAAGCCAAAGAGGAUCAGGAAAAUAAGCAGAAGACCGUGCACGGUACGGAUCUGUACAAGAAUUCGGAGAAAAAUUUUCACCGGGUUCGGAGAGCCGACGGAUAUUCAAAACGUAAUUUUCGUUCGAUAAAUUACGAGAAUCCAUUGGAUAACAAAGAGAACGAGGGCGAGAUAAAAAUCGAUAAAAAGAUCGACGAGAAAUUCGUGGAAAUUUCAAAAGCCCUGAAGGAGGCAUCGAACGACGUAAAGUUAACGAGUCAAAAUGAAAAAAAGAAAAUUUCAAAAGACGACAAUUCGGUAUUUCGAAAUUUCGCUAUAGCUUUAAACAGAAUACCCAGUGUAAAUAACUUUCAAAGAUCCAACAAGCCAGUUCAUUCAACUUUUCGAAAAUUCGAAUCAGGUCGGAAGGAUGAUCUCAUCUCUUAUCCCUCCGAUGGAUACCGAAUACGUUACGUGCCGCUUUCGGAAAAAGUACAGAAGAAAACGAAGCCGUUUUUCUCGCACGCGAAUUCAAACCAGGCAAUUUCUCCAUCGAUCGUAAACCCUAAUGCAAGAAUUGCGAGUUCAACGGAAGCACAGCUUUCGGUGACGACAUUGUCGAGCACGAAAACACGAAGGCACAAAACCCUCGUCCGGCCCAGCACGACGCUUAAUGUGAACUCAAUGGAAGCGACAAUUAAGCAAAUCGCAGAACGUCCGUCGUUCUAUUUGAAGGGAGCUUCGCAAAGAACUGAUAGCACUUUAUUUACAUCCCCAGCGCUCAGAUCGCGAGUAACGUUGGAUAUUCCUGAGGCGGGCAGGAAAUAUAACGAUCGCCAUGACGUACGUGUUACGGAGUCAAGUACAUCUUUCAUGAACAGGAAAAGCAGUAAUGCCAACGGCAUCGAAGUAGCGAGAAAUAUGACUGUGGAAGGUACUAGUAAAAUUGAUGAUAAAAAAGAUGAGACUUUAGCUAAUAACAAACGUUCCUCGGCAAUUGUACCUCAAUUGGUUGAUAUCGAUCAGCAGGAAGGAUCGUCACUUCCGGGCGAGAUAAUCUUAAAAGAAAAUGUUACUAGCGAUCUAGUUCCUAAAUCUGAACUAAGGAAUGACUCUACCUUGUCAAAUGUUACUAGACCUUCAUUGCCUUCCGUACCUGGUCGGGAGGAUACUGUUCGAUACACUGUAACGGAGAGUACGUUGCCUGAAAAAAUGAGUAUUUCGACAACGGCUGUUUUGAAUAAUGAAGAUAUGAUAACGUCUAAGGAUAUUAUUGAUAUCGAAUCGAGAGAAACAACGGGAACUAUUGAAAAUCAAGAUUUACGUAUACGUCAUAACAGUCCCUCUUCUACCAUUGGGUCGCGGACAGAGAAUUUUAUUGAAACUGAGAAAAUUGAUAGUGGACCUUUGGGUGUCAGGAUCAUGCUCGUGGACCAGUCGUCAGGUAUAAAAUUAAUGCCAGAAAUAUCAAACGAAUCGAUAACGAAGUCAGGCGAAAAUACGUUGAUUUUAAAGUCACUGGAUUCUUUACUUUCGUAUCCUAGUGAUAAAUCGCAGGAAACGCUUUUCCCUAAAGCCAAUAGGGACGGGUUAAUCUAUCGAGGAAUCGACGCUGAUCCAAACGUUUAUAGCGAGAGUAAUUUUGAGGCACGACAACCGGAAAUAGAGGAGGAUAAAAUCGUCAUGGAACGUUCUCCGUUCUAUAUAAAACCCGAACGAUUCAGAAUGGAUGACGAAGAGUUCCAAGAGGGAGAAGCUGGUUCAGAGUUUAAGGGCUCGUUCACGAGGAACGAUCUACCUGGCCUCGGGUACCUAGGGAUUUUAAAAUCCAAGAUGGCCGACGAGUCAGUGAACCCUAGUAACUUUGUUCAUAGUGGACAGAAGGUCUGCGAUCCCAACGUUGAAAAUAAGCUACCGGAUACUGUUAGCCAACGGAGGGAGGACACGAAAGAGGGAUUAACUUGGUCGAGAGUAGCCAAGCCUGGAUUUCUUGAUCCUGAAAUGAAAACGUCCGGCACGUAUUCCGGUAGCCAGUCGGGUUCAAGUAUUACUAAAGAAAUUCUUUACUCGACAAGUCCAGAAAUUCCGACGCUUACAACGGCGCGAACGACGCGAACGACGAGUCCUGGAGUUUUCACCGGGACGACGAAAACUUUUCAGAAAAACUUUUCGCCUCGGAUUCCAUUGCACAUUCAACCUGAAGCACCAUGGAAACGCAGCUUUCCUCGUACCAAAUCGUAUUAUUCGGUCGAUACGUGUAGUCAGAGAGCGGAACUGAAUGCGGUCGAUUCGGAAAAUCUGAAGAUCGGCAACGGCAGCUCGUUUCCGGAAAGUAUCAGGAUUGCUACGGGUUCCGGUAACAUGGAGGAUCCAAACGUUUACUUAAGAAAAUAUAAAUUUCCGCAAGCAGUCAGGAAAGCACUUGCCGAGAAGCUCGAUUCGAGCGACGUGCUUGCGCAAUAUUUUAAUACCAAAAAAAGCAAUCACGACGCAAUCAUUGAUAUCAACAGUCUGGAAGAUGCUGACGAUUCGGAUUUUUUUAUAGUAAAAAAUUAUACAAAUUUUGAACGUCUCAAGAGAUCGGUUGGUACUCGAGUGCCAAUUUUGCAUUACGAUAAUAAAAAUAAUAACGUCCUGGAAGAUUCGAAAGAUACGUCUUAUCAGAAUUCUCCAGAUGAUCGUCCAAUCUCCCGCACGAGUUAUCUACGUCUUCCCGUUACCAGGACUUCUAACGAGAAGGGACGUGCCAUUAAGGAAGACCCAAAGCUCAGGGAGAGCCAGCAAUGCGCCGCAGCUCUAAUUAAACCGGUAGUUGACGUCCAAGAAAUUUUCGAGUCUCCUCGCCUUAAGAGAUACGAAAGUUUUGGAAAGUCCAUGGUAACGGACACAGAGGUAGAGAAAAAUGGAAAAAUUCUCUCAGCCAUUUUCGCUACGUCCACCUCGAAUAUUUUGAACGGAAUGGACGACCCUGUCGUAUCCGUUGAGGAACUUCCGGUGUCUCUGAGGAACGAGAUCAACGGCGCUCCUGAGGUCGUCGACAGGACGAGCCAGAAUGUCGGAAGUCUCGGUAUAAAAACAAGAAGAUUUUUGCAAGCUUACCGAGUUCCAAAAAAGUCUUCUAAGCGACGCACGCAUUCCCGUCGAGGGGUGAAUUUUGGAAAAAAAGAUAAUGAUCGUAAGAUGAAACAUAUGGUACAUCGGGAUGCUGAGUACUCUCUUUCUGGAAAUAAUGAUCUGAAUGCUCCCGAAAGCAUUCUUGGUAAUUUAGGUGGGAUACACGCAAGGAACCAAGGACUUGGAUUGGAAAGAUUAAGGAAGCGCUUUUUAUUACUCGGUAGAAAAGCACUCGGUAAUAAGACCAGGAACGGUGCAUUAACGUUUUACGAUUACGAUUACUAUCCCCAGGAAGUAGGUUCACUGUAUAAAAAGAAGUUCGAGGAAUCUAGGAUCGCCGAAAGGAAGUCGAGUUCGACGGGAGUGACGAUCGUGACAACUGAUGAUGGAGUGUCGAAUUUGGUCGGUACCGAGGCUGCCUAUAAAUUAGAAUUCGAGAAAGACGAAUGGGAAAAUUCCGGGGAAUGGACCGGAAGAAGAAAUGAAAAUCGUGAAAAUUUAAGGCGGGAAUUUAAAUCAUCGGCAAAGACAACUGGCACUGCCGAUGAUGGAAUUUCAAAUUUGAUGGGUACCGAGGCGGGUGGGAUAAUAGAAUUUGCACGAGGGGGAAAGGAGAUUUUAAAUAUUAAAAAGAGCAAUAUAGGCGAGACUCGUAGGGACGAUGAAAAACUGAAUAUUAAUUUCUAUCCGAAUAAAGAAUUUUCAAAAAUUAUAUUCAACGACGGAAAUACAAAUUUGUAUUAUCCUAUGAAGUCGCAUGUAAAUAAUGGUCGGAAAAUUGUGAAGCGAUCCAGUGACUCGUGUCACUCUAAAUUCAUGAAGCAUGCAAAGAACGAAAAGUGGAAGGCAAAGAUGGAAUUAUUGAAAUUAAAAAAGCAUGCGGAUGCCCUUAAAGAAUAUUUGAACUGGAGCCACGAUGUUGUUACACCGGAAUAUUUACUUCCAACGGAUAUUGACUUGAACGUGGAAAAGAUAUCUGCCGAUGAUAAGGAUAUUGUAAUCAGGAACGGAAGUGAUUCGCCGAAUGGAAAAUCUACUAGUGAAAUUAAAAUAAAUUUUGCAAUUCUUCCAGCAAAUUCCGCGAGCGGUGUUGGCAUCGAUAUUUCAAAUACGUUGAGGACGAUAUCGAAUGACGAGAUAAAAAAUAAAAAAUCUUUUGAAAAUCCUAACUAUGAAAAUACUACCAUAGAGGUCAGUGUGCUUGAUAAAUCAUUGAAUCAUUUUUCACCUCGAAAACUGGAAACGACCUCAAAAUGUCUUGAGGAAACAAAAACGCCAGCUUCCGGUCACGAUAACGGAUGCUCUACCGGAAAGAUAUUACCGGCUUGUGGAACCGGAAAGGGAAAGUAUGAGGAUCGAUAUGAAAUUCCGGAAGAGGCGAUGAUCUCCAAGAAUAAAGAUGGCGGUAUGGAGGAGGAGAGAUAUUCUCUUGCGAAGAAAGGCGAGGGAGUUCGGAACGGCGGUAAGAAAGUUGAAUCCUUGGGAAAGUUAGUGACGCUCGGCGUCGCGACGCAUCAGACAAAUCGCUUUGAAUACCCAAUAAGUGAGAAAGUUGAUUCUGGGAGUUUGCAACUCAAAAAUAAAAAAAGUCACGAGCAUCGUCGGAUCGGCGAGAGUGCUCGGUUUUUGGCGAAGUCGGAAGAUUCCACCGAAGCUCAGGAUCAUGAGAGUUCACUGACCUACAGAAGUAACAGUGAGUACAAUUCUUCGGGCAUUACGUCACUUCCGUUUCUUCUUGAGAUCCUUUACAGUCAGGAUACCACGAGGAAUGGCACCACGGAAUUAUUUAUCGAGGGAACUUCGUUCGAUGAUAAUGAGAGCAAAAGGGACAAAAUUAAUUUCAAUAAUAAUUUCUCGAGCAGGUCAUCAAUUUUACCUAAAAAUAUGAAAUUUUUUGCCGGCACAAAAAAUAAUUCCGUCGAUGCUAAUGUGGGAGGAGCAAAAGCACACGGAUUAGCGGAUGACAAAGAGCGGAUUAUUUUGCCAGAUGCGGAUACACCGGAUGUUCAAGAGAAGAAGAGAUUUAUGGAUUCCGUGGAUAAUGAUAAAAUGCCGUCGUCUAAUUUAGAAAAUAUUAAGCAUGGAAAGGGCUCGAUAAAAAAUUCAUAUGAUGUCGAUAACGACGCCGUCAUUAUAUCAUUGAUCGAAAAGGAUCGUCCGAGAGACGAAAAGGUAAUAAAGCAAGAUCAGAAAUUGCCAGAGAUUUACAAGAUCUAUGAAAAGGAGAUACCUCACGAAGGUUCAGAGUCAUUGGGAAAUAAUCAAGAUCUAAUUCGGGAUCCACAUGACGAGAGAAAAGAGAAGAGAAACUUCAAACGAAAUGGUAGAAGAAUUUUGGCUAUUCAGGAAUCAAAAAAGACAAAAUAUUCAAAAGAUAACACGGACCAAGAUUACGCACAGUGGUACGCCGAUGAAGAUGAUCUAAUCGCAGAAGACGAAGAUGCUGGACCAAACGUAGGUUCUGAGAAUAAUAACUACUUGGACAGUCCUGAUAAGAGAAACGAGCGUGAAAAAAUGAAAGAAAAUUGGGACGUUUUGGCGAGUAAGAUCAUGAUUAGGAAACCUAUUUUUGAAAAACGAAAAGCGCAUGAUAACGUUAAUGAUAAUGAUAACGAUAUGCCCUUGAGCGUCAAUAGGAGUAAUAUGGAAAGAUUACAUUUUUAUGAUGCUGAUAAAUAUAUUAAUCAAAUGGCCAAGAAGAUAAGUCACUAUAGCAACAUGCAUAACUUUGAAGAUCAAGAUAAUUCUGAAAAGCAAUUAAAAGAUUAUAAAAAUUGGAGCACUGAUAAGUAUAUCAAAGAAAGGGACGACUCGAUUGAUAAUGAUGAAGACCUUAAUGAAAUUGUGAAUGGAUCAAAUAGAAAUUUCCGGGAACAGGAUGUGGAUGGAUCUAAGGACGAUUCUGAGGUAGAGGAGGAAGUGGUCCAUGACGAAGACGUUAACGAUACUCCUGUAGAGCGUCGUAUGAUAUUGAGGAAAAAAUUGGAAGAUUUUCCAGGAGGAAAAAUUUCCAUAAAUAGCAGAAGACUUUAUCCGUUCAUGGAAGGCGACCGCGAGCCAGAUAGUUUGAAAAGUUCUAAAAGAAAAAUCCCGGAAUCGUCAAACGUUUCCAGCGAAGAUAGGACGAUCGAUAAAAAGGAUGUCAAACCAAGUAAUUCAACCGGAAACAAGAGAUUUUCAGUCGCCGAUGAAAACGAUAGCGAUUUUCAAAUUUCCCUCAAUGGAAAAAUUCACAUCGACGGCGGAACUAACGGUCAGCCAUUAUCUAUAAGUAUCGACGCCGCACCUGAAUCAGCCAAUGUAAAUGCGCAAACUACCGGAAGUGGCAAUAUCUCACAAAAGCAAUUGCGCGAUACUCACAUUGAGAGGGUAAAAAAGUCGAAAAAAAAUCGAAAAAAAAUUUUAAAAGGUCGGCACAAAUUUGCCAUUCCUCUUGGUAGAAAUUCGAUUACGAGCGAUGACAAAUUCGUCGAUCAAUUAAGAGAAUCGACAAGGUCACAAAAAGGAAAUACAAAAAAUGUCGGAAAAAUUUGCAAAAGGGGAAGUAAAAUUCAUGAAAAAAAUCCUUCGGCUGCCGAUAAACGGUAUUCGAAAUUCAUGAAAACGUCACUGGUCAAAAACUUUGGCAACGGCGCUAAGUUAGACACGUCCUGGUUCGCUGAGGUCGACCAGGAAUCUCCCUCGAGGAUACUUCCGGUUUCCUCGAUUCUUGGAAAAACAUUUAUUCUUCCACGUCGCGUGUCACGGAAACGUAGCGAAAGAAUGAAAAAACAUACUGAGCAUCAUCCUGAUCCAAAGUCUACGGGAUUCGUCAAUAAUGAAUUAGAUCGCGAUGAUAUAGUUCCAGGUUCAGCUGUUAAAAUUGUCAAGAUAAUACCAGUUCAGUUUGCAGGACCAACUGCGCAUGCUGUACCAGGAUACUCUCCGGAGAAGAUAUCAAAUUUAGAUAGAGAGGAGAAAAGUAGACUGAUAACUUCAGAAAUGCCAAAUUCAGAGGAAGCAACACUUGCGGCUACGAAAAUGGCAGGAAAAAUAGAGCCGCUUGAUGUACGAGAGGACGAAGACGAAUCGGACGUACUUAAGGUCACUGAUAAGAAUGAUUGGAGAUAUAGGUCAGAUUCUAGUGAAAACUGCAAUAGGUUAUCCAAUCAUAGAUCAGAAUUGUGUAAAAAUGGAUUUAAGAAUUCCCUUGACGAAGGUCACGGUUCUAUCGAUCAUCCGUCGGUAAAUGUUAAAUUUAUGGGACUCAUCGGAAUUGAAAAACCAGAUUUAAAUCAAACUGACUAUGAGAUGCUUGAUGAAGAUCCGAAUUCUUGUGAAACGAAUAUGUCAAAGGAAGAUAAAUCCAAAGAUUUCGACGUGCUUCCUCUGAUCCGAGUAAAGAUCACUCAGAAAAAGAUGGAUGAACCUUUAAUUGAUGAGAAAACUGUAUUAAUGCAAUUGCACUUAAACGUAACCACGGAAUCUAAUCAAGAUAAUCAAUGUAAUCAAGAUUCUAAUCAAUGUGAAGAUAAUCGACAUAAUUCAAAACAGAAGGGAUUUCCUGGAUCUGGUGAGAAAUUUAUAAAAACUGCUACCGUUAAGCCCAAGAGUGGAUCUAUGGAAAUGAUCUCAAGCUCAGCAUCCGGUUCAGCGAGUAAUAAUGACGAGAGAUACAGGACUGAUGAAAUUUCCAAAUUUCCAAAAUUCAAUCAUACGAUGCUGGAAGAAAUUCACGCUGGACCAAAUCAAAAGAACUGGCCAUUGUCUUUGGAUGAGUUCAACUAUAAAAAUUGGCUUGGAAAAGCUCGCGAAAGUCAAAGAGAAAAUCAAGAGAAAAGCUAUGGAAAUUCUGAUCACGAAAAACGGCGAUUUGAAUUGAAUCAGAGCCAGCCCGGAAAUCGUGAAGGAAACGUAAAAUCGGAUCUGCGAUCGAAAUUGAAUUUUACGAAUCUGGAAAGUGGAAACAGGCUACAAGAUAAGCUCGAUGCAGGUGACAGUAGAUUGGAUUCGAAAAUAAAAGUACCAGAACUCUGUGAUUCGAAGGAAGGUAAUUCGAGUCCAUGGUGUACGACAACAUUGAGGCCUGAUGAUAACACGAUGAAUAAUGUUAUGAAUAAUGGUAAAAAAACGGCUCAAGUUGAAAAUAUGUUGGCGAUUAUGGAAUUUAUGAGAAAAGUAAAAAAUAUGAUGAGUGGGGAUAAUGAAGGUGAUCAAAAUAAAAAAAAUGAUGGAUCAGUCGUACAGCUGGAAAGAGUGGUCCUCGUUCCCGAAAAUCAAUCACAGCCUGAGCCUAAUGACGAUGGCGAAAUACAGACAGCCACCGAUCACAUUAUAAUGAUGGGCGAAGGAGUAAAGCACGACGAAACGGAUAGAACUGAGAAUCCAAAGUUCAAAGAAAUUUUAAAUAACAAACUUGACCUACCCGAAAAUUUUAAUAACUCUAACCGAGAGAAAUCAUCGUCAAUUUCAAAUAAGUUAGCUUCCGGUAUCAACAAUGGAAACGACAAGUCAUUUUUAUUUUACAGACAACAGCAUAUACCAAGCUUUUUAAAAUCCAAAAAACUCAAUAACAACAUCUCAUCACGUGGUAAGAGCAAGGAAUCUAAAAUAAAAAAUCGAAGGACCAAUUUAAAAUUUAUUGAAAAUUUUGAGCCAAAAAUUAAAAGAGUUAAAGGCCGAUCGUCCCACCUUAACUCACGUAGUAGAUAUUCGGAUCUAGAUCCAGAUCCUCUUCGAGCAACGAACAUGGAGAAUAAUCCACAUGGAGAAAUUAAAAGUAUAAUGAGUGAAGCACCUAAAUUAAAAAAUUUCGAAUUAUUCUCCGAAGAAAGCAUUAAGUUGGACGGUGACAAAAAUGGUGUCCCCGAGAAACUCAACGCUACCAAGAGUUCCGCGAGUAUGCAACCAGCGACCACGGCAAUGAAUUCCUCAAAGUUCAUGACGUCAGAUCCGGACAUGGAAUUCAAAAUCUUUGGGAACGAGUCAGACGUACAAAGAAUAUCAAACGAGUCUUUGAAGAACGUUAGCGCGGAGGACAAAGACUCGGAGGACGAGGACGCGGAGAGUUACAAUAUGCGAGUUCAUGAGAAGCUGAAGAAGGAAAUGAUGGCGAAAAAGUUGUCCGAGUGGGAAGGAAUCAGGGCCGAUUUACAGAGCGCUUCGACUUCCGGUGGCGGCGUAACCCAGAAGCAGACCGAUUCCAAAUACAAUCCUAAGAACCUCGAACUCGGUAAGGAGCUCGCAGAGUUUCAAAAACUUCGAGAGGAAAGUGUUAAGAGAGAGAAGGAACUGUUAUACGUUGUGCAAAAGAAGAUAAACGACAGAUUGCACGAUCUGGAGGAUGAAAAUCUGAAGGAGAAAUCGAGUCAAACGAGAACCGAUCUUACCAAUUUCGAGCCACUGCUGCCAUUGGUCCGUCAGGAAAAUAAUAACCACGGAGCCAGCGACCUGAUGGACGUUUCCAAUGUAAAUAAUCAUCAUUCGUUAGCGAGUUUGAUUCGAGAAGAAAGUGGAAAAUCGGUAAGGGAUCGAGACUACGAAAACUUAAUUGACGAUUCGACAAACAGUGACAAGGUAUUGGAUUUGUCAUCGGUACCUAUUGAUCACCCGUUGACGAAGGAAGAAGACAAGGAAUUGCAAGACGACCAAAAUGUCCAUAAGGAUUCUGGACACGCUAUAAAUCCGGAUAACUCUCAGGCUUCAGAUAUGGAUGCACCUUUAGGUUCGAAUAAAGCGCGGGAAUUUGAAUCCGAAGUGGCGGGAACGGAGGACAUGAAAAUAGUGUCGAACGGUGAAAGGAGAAAAGAUGUUGAAGGACAAGCUGAUAAAAUUCAAAAUGAAAAACGUGAAGUGAAUAAACAGGUAUAUAUCACCAAGGAACUUCCUUCCGGUAAGGACGCCACCUACGAGAGGCCAAAGCACGCGCGACGUUCGAAAGCGAAAGCGGCGGCUUUCAGAAGAAAAAAGAAGAAAAGACGACACCACAAGAAAAGAAAGCACAAGAAGAAGAAGAAGAAGAAGAAGAAGAAGAAGAAAUGGUGGCCCUUCAAGAGAAACUUGUUAAACGUUCCGGAAGAUCAGGAUACUCGUUUCAUUAAUAAUUUUGAAGCACCCGGUACUGCGUCCGGGACGAUAACUAAUGUCGUGAAUGGCAGUGUUCGCCAGCGAAAAAAAAGAAAAAAGAAAAAAAGUGGCAUUCGAAGAAAAAGACAAAUCCGUGCUGGAGGUGCUCAAGUUCGUGGAGGUCAAGAUUGCAUGGAUCGGCGACAUCCGUCCAAUGUAAAUCCUGCCAAAUAUUUAGAAUCUGCUCAUUGUCUGCGUUUUAGCGAUGUAUGGUACUCGGUAUAUGAGCUGGAAAAUCCUAUAAUGGAGCACACUGUGUACCUGCAGCUCUAUGAGAAGCACACCUUACCCGACGGGACUACUCACUGGGACGAUCUUACUCAAGGCUCAAUGGUUAGGCUGGGAACUUUCAUCAGACAUCAAAGGGACAGUGUACCCACAAUAGUGUUUACGUACAGCGGCGCAAGAAUCGCACCGCAAAAGCGCGCGCAUAAUUUGAAUCCCAGCAAAGAGCGUCUAUUAGUGCCGUCGCCAGUGGCACCGGAAAAAGUACAAAAAUAUCCAGCACUGAAAGGUGGGUCUGGAGAGUACUUGGUAGUCGGUGCGAAUGCCAUCAGUAAAGACGGAAACGAAUGCGACAAAGCCGGAGUUGGGUUUACUCCGUUCGCAAUGCAGCCAGACAGAUGUGGACACGUGAAAGGGACCUGUCUCAAGAAUCAGCCUUUAGCUUAUUGGCGACACGACAUGGAAGCGCGAGAAGCCGGUAGACCAGGUUGUUACUUUUUGAGCAACUUUGCUUCUGUGCCGAUCAAUCCUAUUAAAUAUAACGUGAGCGGAAGUGCGAGUCGUGAAUUUUUAGGAUUGGAGUAUCAUUCGCCACAUGUAUCAGCGAUUGACAUAGAAGUCAGAGCUGACUACAAUGCUAUUGUCAGAGUUGGAUCAUCUGGUCGUGUUACGGAAGUUUAUAUAGAUAGCACUGCCAUAGAGCACACUAUAGUGACUGUGGUAAUCAGCAAUAUGGGUUUGGCAUCUUCUCCCUAUCAACCGAGGAUCAGUGAUUGUCCUACGGGAUUGCCAGUAUCCUGGACCAAAGCCAAAGGAACAGUACAGGUUAUUCCACCUCAGCACGAUCAAAGAGUCACAUUGGAUUUAUAUGGUCAAUUGUACAUCAACGGUUUCCAUUGUUCCGUCGAGGUGGUGAAUCAUCAUGGUGAACUGGUCGCAAUGAGGAGGAUAAGGGUGCAAAAGAUGGACCGUUGCUUCUGCGUCUGGCACUGUCUCUGCGCCUGUGUCGGUAGCGUCACUGGACUUGGAUGUCAACCGAUGUCGCCAGAGCAUUAUCACGCUGCUGGGUUCCAAGGACCGGUUCCUGUCACGUCCACAGAGUCGUCCAUGAUCAUGAACACAGUUCGAGAUGUACUGAUCUUCAGCGCCUUGAUGAUAUUGCUGCUGCUGCUUCUAGGAAUGCUGAAGUGGCUGAUCGGUAUUUUUGCCCCUGCAGUGGGUCGAUGGGGCUUGGAUCAUUUAUUGGAGGGCAGCAAGAUGGACGAGUACUUUGAGCCUGAACUUAAAUGCAGGUGUUUGGUUACCGACAGCGCUGGUGUUCCCGUUCAUCCCGAGACGGGACAAAGGACUGUGCGGAUCUGCAACAGGAAAGUCGAGUUCUUCCUCAACCUCAUAUUCUUCCUGACGUACCCCAUCGCCAUCUGCUGCAACUAUGCAAAAAGGUCUUUUGCACCAACCCAGGCUGACUGCUGCCCUGACGAGUCUAAGACGUGCCUGAUCACCGAGAAAGCUGGCUGCCCUAAGUUGAUCUGCGUGAAUACAUACGGCGAUACCAGAAAUUCGAAGAUGGAAGCCGAGGACACGCAGUACGUGAUGAACGAGUUGAAGAAGUCCCAGGAGUCUCUGCAGGACCCAAAGAGACCCAAGAAGACCAGCCGAAGUAGAAGUUCCUCCAGGAAAUCAUCCCACAGGACUGAGAACGCCGAAAACUUCGUCGGUCAAUUGUUACAGAAACGUGUAGUUUUUCGGAAUCUCACUGAACCCGUUGGAGAACUUCUUGUACCACCCGGUACGCUUUACAGUGUACGAGGAUACUUUUUUAAUUCAAAAUCCGGGGAAUACAGUUUUAUUACGCCGUGUCCGUUUAAACAGCAUUGGCUUAUCGAUAACUGCACGAAGAGACCCAUGAAACCCGCCAAGACUUAUUCGAGUAAUCUAUUUAUGCGUACCUUUAACGACGCGAGUGAUGUUUACGAGAGUAACGAGAUCUCACUGGAACCAAGAGGAAUUUGUAUCAACGUCCAAUAUCUUGAUGACAGAUGACACAUUUAAGAAAACGAUAUGAAUAUAUAGUUACAGAGUUCACAUAUUGAAAUGUGAUAUAAUUUAUAUAAGUUAUUUUACCGGAAGUCGAUGAUGACGCUGAUAUAUAGGAGUUAUCCCUUUCAAAUGAUCCUAAUCUUGUAGGCCGGAUGCUGUGUACCUUUUAAUAGAGUAUAUAUUUUACUAAAUGUAUACAUAUAUUAUAUACAUAUACAUCCGUAUGAAAAUAUACAUAUAUGCAUUGAAUCAGUGUACGUUAAAUACAUCUUGGGUGUAAAGUCAUCCGUUUGCUGAAACUUUACAUUCGAUUUCCGCCGUUUUGCCCGAAUUUUAUGUACAGUUUGACACAUUGGUUUAAGCAGCGUGUACGUUUCUUCUCUAUGGGUUCUCGCGAGAACU